UGGGUCCUCUGCGACACUAUUGUAUUUCGUUGGGUUCGGGGCCUCAGUGGUGCUCCUGAUGUCCCCCAAAGUGCAGUGAUCGCAGCAAAUCGUGUUUCAUCGAUAUCGUUGUCUGAGAGCAAACAGUAUGGGUCCUCUGCGACACUAUUGUAUUUCGUUGGGUUCGGGGCCUCAGUGGUGCUCCUGAUGUCCCCCAAAGUGCAAGCUCCCCCUUCUAUUGGAGAACUGACCAAACAGUCCCGACAACACGCUAUUAGACUUACAUUAAACAUACAACUCUUGGAGGGACACGACGUCGAGUGGGAGGCAAUCAUUUGGAAGGAAAACCUGUUAAUUAAUAUCCCGAACGGAAUAUCGUUGGAUAACUCAAAGGAGGCGUUCAUUAGUUUACUAGAGUUGGCCGAAGAGGAACUUCAAUGUCAAAGAGUGACCGUCUAUUUCGACAAAAACCGAAACGACAGAAAUUCAUUGAUGCGUUUGUUUAGUUUCAUUGGGUUCUCAGUGUUGGCCCCGAACCACAGCAUGUCUCCCGAGGAAGCAUCAGAAGACAUGCUGUAUAUGGCGUACAGUAUCUCCGGUUAAACUCUACUCUUUCCCCGAAAUCAUCUUUUAAUGGACGUCUCAUUUGUCAAUACUUUUUUAUCCUUCAAUUUGAUUUGAGU